AUGCCACCCAGAAUAAGAAGAAGAAUCACUUCUGCCAAACGGGAGGAGAUAGAGAAGGAGCAAGAGGCUAUAGCAAGAUCAAUUGUCAGACCGUUUGAUAAGUUAUCGGGGUUACCAGUAUCAUACAGCAAGCCGGCAAAUUAUGAGGAAGUGUUGAAGAAUCCAUUAACGAUCAAAGAUUCAGGUAUACUUUAUAGAUCAUUGAUGAAGUCAAGAAACAAUUAUUUGACCAUGGCUCCUCCAUUUCAAUUGUACUGGGUCAAACAGAGUCUUUAUUCUAAGAAAAUCCAGAGCGAUCUUGCUUUGAAUAUCGAUAGAAAACCAGUUUUAGGUACUGAAAUUAAUGCUAGAGAUGUUAUGGUGAAGUUAACCGAUUGUGGUUUGACCAUAGGACCACAUAGUUAUGAAGUGAGACUAUUCAUAGUGAAAGAUGAACGUUCAGAUCCAAAGAAAGAAGAAAUGAUAAAUCUUCAACCAAUGCAAGGUGUUGUUACACCAGGUGAAAUUGAAGGUAUUAAUGGUAUUGGAAAUAGUAUCCCUGCUAGUGAUCAACCAUCUCAAAUUAAUGGUAGUGAUCAACCCAGUGAAGUUGUUACAGAAGCUACCGAGAGUGAACAACCUAAUGAACAAAUUACCGAAAAUGGAGAAUCCCAAAUUACUGAAGCAUCAGACAUGAUAUCUUCAGACAUUGGUGCUUCGGAAACUGCCGUUUCAGAAACUGUCCCUCCAUCCAACAUAUCCGAAAAUGACUCAAUCAUGGCAGAUACUAGCCAAAUUAAUGAUUUAAUCCCAUCUCCUGUGCCUGAAUCUAACAUGGAGGACUCAAUUAAUGAAGAUACAAAUCAACACACUCCUGAACCGUCCUUCCCACAGACUUCCAACAAUGACACAACAGAAGAAAAGAAGAAAAAGUAUGACCCAUCAGACUUAGAAUCUCCUAUAAAUCAACUCAUGAUAGAUAAUUUAAGGGCUAUUGCUAAAAUCGAUCCAAGGUUACAGAAGUUGAUUGAUGUUGUUGGUGAUGGUUCCCAUACACCCGAGCAAUAUCAAAUGUUCCAAGGGUUUGUUGCCAGAGCAAGAGAAAUGGGGCCUCCACCACAUCCAUUCUUAUUGCCAGGAUUUCAAAUCGAUCCAUUCCAACCAAUAAGGGUUAAAAGAUUAAUCAAAGAAUUAAGACAAAUAAGAGAAAGUACCAUGUUCACAUCUACUUUUGGUAAAGAUCAAAGAUUAACAGCAUUCCAAGAAAAGUAUCUCUUGGAUGCCAUUCUUUUGUUCGAAUUUGUUGAUAAUGCUAAUGUUAGAUAUAGAAUUCCUAGAAAUGCUAUAAUGGAAGUUUUGCCAUCACAAAAUUCCGGAGAAGAAAGAGACAUACUUAUCAGUUUCUUAUGGAUUCAUAACCAAAACGAGUUAGAUAAUUAUAACAAGAAAGUUAAGGAAUAUGAAGACUUCCAAAAAGCUAAACAACAAAAAUUAAAGGAAGAAGAAGAACAAAAAAAGAAAGAUGAAGAAGAGAAACUUAAAAGUGAAGAAAAGGAAAGUGUUGAACCUGAAGUUAAAGAAGAAGAACAAGAAGAUAGACUGUUACGAACCAGAAGAAAGAGAGCACCGCCACCAAAAAGAAGAAAAGCAGCACCAAAAGCUGAAGUCGAACCCAAAAUGCCAACAGAACCUGAAUUAAGAUUCACUCCAGUCUCAUUCGUUUUACAUGAUAUCCCAGUAAAAUUCGUCCCUAUACUCACCAAUAGUGUAGUUAAACCAGAUGAUGCUAGGAAGUACAUGUCAGAUAUCAUUGAAAAAGGAACUAGAUCAUCAAGUUUCUAUCUUUGGUAUCAAGUUGAUGGGAAAUUAGAUGAAAAACUAGCAGAAAACGUAAGAAGUGAAUUAGUCAAUGAAGAAAAGAAGAUGACAGGUUUAGUCUAUAGUUCGACGGGAACCAAUGGACCAAGUAAAAAGAGGAAAAUUAUGAAUGUUGGACAUCCUUUCUCCCAACAUACAUAA